GUCUUUAUCUACCUACCCUAUUCAGUCAUCAUCUUUCCCCAGUAUUCGACUCUUCUACAGGAAACCCAGAAACUAUAAAAAAUAAAUAAAUAAAUAAAAUUUGAGCUUCUCCGUCUCUGAACCACAGCCAUGGCUUCUCUUCUGGCCAACGGAAUUUCUCAAUUCUAUCCACAACCCGUCACCGAAAAUCCCAAAAUCACAAAAGGGUUUUACCCAAAGCUCGAAUUUUUCAAAUCCUCAAACCCCAAAAAACCUAAUUCGAGAGUUUUCAAGACCAGUGCAAUUGGUUACGAACCUAAGAUGAUCGACUCGGACCUCCAAACAGGUAAGCCUUCAAUUUCAACCCCACUUGAGGAAGACCCACUUCAUAAGUUCCUCAAAAGGGACUAUAAAUGGGGUUUUUCAGAACAAAUUGAUUCUUUUACGAUUCCGAAAGGUCUAAAUGAGGAGACAAUUAGGUUGAUUUCUGCAAGAAAAAAUGAACCCGAUUGGAUGCUUGAAUUUAGAUUGCAAUCUUAUGAGAAAUUCUGCAGAAAAGUUGAGCCUAAAUGGGCUGAUAUUGAGUACCCUCCGAUAGAUUUCCAAAAUAUGUGUUAUUAUUCUGAGCCAAAAAAGAAACCGACCUUGAAUAGUCUUGAUGAGGCUGAUCCUGAGCUUGUUAGGUACUUUGAUAAACUGGGUGUUCCUUUAAAUGAGCAAAAUCGCUUGGCUAAUGUUGCUGUUGAUGCUGUUCUUGAUAGUGUUUCAAUUGCUACAACUCAUAGAAAAAUUUUAGAGAAAGCUGGAGUGAUAUUUUGUUCCAUAUCCGAGGCAAUUAGGGAAUACCCAGAUUUAAUCAGGAAGUAUUUGGGGAGAGUUGUGCCUCCGAAUGAUAAUUAUUAUGCGGCACUGAAUUCAGCUGUGUUUAGUGAUGGUUCAUUUGUGUAUAUACCUAAAGAUACUAAGUGUCCAAUGCAAAUUUCUACCUAUUUUCGGAUAAAUGCUAUGGAAACGGGGCAAUUCGAAAGGACUUUGAUUGUUGCUGAUGAGAGAAGUUUUGUAGAAUAUUUGGAGGGGUGUACUGCACCUUCGUAUGAUACAAAUCAGCUCCAUGCUGCCGUGGUUGAAUUGUAUUGUCACGAGGGUGCGGAAAUUAAGUAUUCUACAGUGCAGAAUUGGUAUGCUGGAGAUGAGGAAGGGAAGGGAGGGAUUUAUAAUUUUGUUACCAAGAGGGGGCUUUGUGCUGGUGCUCGGUCGAGGAUAUCGUGGACACAAGUAGAGACGGGUUCUGCUAUAACUUGGAAGUAUCCGAGUGUUGUUUUGGAGGGUGAUGAUUCUGUGGGUGAGUUCUAUUCUGUUGCGCUUACUAAUAAUUAUCAGCAGGCAGACACUGGGACGAAGAUGAUACACAAGGGGAAGAAUACUAGAAGUAGGAUUAUUUCAAAGGGCAUUUCGGCUGGAAAUUCAAAAAAUGUUUAUAGGGGCCUUGUUCAGAUUCUGUCAAAUGCAGAUAAUGCUCGAAACUCUUCACAAUGUGAUUCAAUGCUCAUUGGUGACAAUGCAGCUGCCAACACUUAUCCAGACAUUCAGGGGAAGAACCACACAGCCCGCGUUGAGCAUGAAGCUACCACUUCCAAAAUUGGUGAAGAUCAGCUAUUCUACUUCCAGCAGAGAGGGAUUGACUAUGAAAAAGCCAUGGCUGCCAUGAUAUCCGGGUUUUGCAGGGAUGUCUUCAAUGAGCUACCUGAUGAAUUUGGUGCUGAAGUGAACCAGCUCAUGAGCUUGAAGCUCGAAGGAUCUGUUGGUUAGGCAUAGUUAUUGUGAUGUAGUUGAUAAAUCUCGUCCACCCAGGUUUAUGGAUAGGACUCUGUAAAGUUAUAGGAGAUCUUAUGUGGAAAUGAACCUCUCAAAUUAUUCGAGAUUUUUGUGCUUUCCAUCAUAAACUGGUACAAACACGUUUUUUUUUUGUUUUUUUGUUUUUUUGCUUGAACUGGUACAAAUGCAUACAUAUUAUGAACACCAUUUGUAAAUACUUCCGCUCAUUGUUGUUUUUCCC